CAGUCGGGAGCGGGCAAGAUGGCGGCGUUGGACGGCGAGCAGGUGGCUAAGGCUGUGAAGGCGCUGCAGGCAUAUGUGAAGCAAAGCAGAAAUGAUGCAGAGCUAUUCAUGAAUGAAAAUGAGAACAUAAUGCUGAAUGUUACAGUAUGGAAGAUUCCAAAUCAGGACCAAACAGUCAAAAUAAAUCUGCCUCAUGGAAUUCGAUCAGAUUCGGCCGAAGUUUGUCUCUUCACCAAAGAUGAACCAAACAUGACUGCAGAUCAAACAAAGAGAUUCUAUAUAAAGCUUCUCAGCAAGCAUGGCAUUAAGAAUAUAACACAGGUCAUUCCAUAUAAAACGCUGAAGGCUGAAUAUAAGCCAUAUGAAGCAAAACGUCGUUUGUUGAGCAGUUUCAAUCUGUUCUUGGCUGAUGACCGAAUAAGGCGACUUUUACCCUCCCAUUUAGGCAAACAUUUUUACACUUCCAAAAAAGCACCUCUGUCGGUAAAGCUAACUUCAAGGAAUCUUGCAAAAGAUCUAAACAAAUUAAUCCAGGGUACAAUCCUUUCCGUGAACAAGAAAGGCAGCUGUUAUGCCACCGUUGUAGCUCAUACUGGAAUGAAGCCACAGGAAGCCGUGGAAAAUGUUACUGCAGCUGUUCGUGUUAUUGCACAAAAGUUGCCCAUGCAAUGGAAAAAUGUGAAAGUUCUUCACUUGAAAACACCAGCUUCUAUUGCUCUUCCCAUUUAUGCAUCUGGGAUGCAGAACCUUCAGGAUCUACAGGAAAGUCUUCCAGAGUCUCUCAAAAAACAGCACAAAGCAAAGAAGCAGAGGAAGACAAAAGUUGUGAAAUCAAAAAUUCCAUCUACUGCUGUUAGACGUGUUCUUGUUAAGACAGUGGAGAAGAAGUCAAAAAAAUCAAAGCCUUCUAUUGUCAAGAAACUCUCCACAGAGGAAGAAAUACCGCAGCUAGUUCCCAUUGAAGAGCAACCGGUCACAAAGAAGGCAAAAUUGCAAAAAUUAAAUGGAGAAAACCAUACCACCCCGAAGCGAGUUAAUGGAAGUGAGAAGCCAGUUGGUAAGAAACAACAGAAAUUAAAAAACAAAAAAAGGCAGAAAACAGCUAAACAGAACACAGGAAACCAAGGACUACAAACUCCAAGUUCAUGACGGAAAUGCCUUCAGACAUAAAACCAUGAAAUGAAAAUCAAUAAUCCCUUAUAUGAGAGUACUGCACUGAAGGAAACUCUUUUUAAAAAAAAAACUCCACUGAAGUCAGUAGGAGAGAAAUUUGUGAAGUCAACAACAAAAGCUCCUAAACAAAAACAAAAGAUUCUCUGGUCUGCUUGAGCCUUGGUGGCAGAAGCCAAGUGAGAUUGAGUGCAUUUUUCAUACAGUGUAUGAUUUAAAAACAAUUAGAAAGACAUAAACCUUCUGCAGCCUUUACAAAGUUCACCUUUGAGUAUGGUGUAGAUCCUUUCUUCAAAAACUGGUAGUAAAUUCUUUGCUAUUCCAAGUGGUCUGUCAAAUACACGUCGUGUUGAUUCGUUUUGUUUAAAUAUACAUGACAUUGUUUAAUAAUCUAAAUGAGACCUGUUUGUUGAUCACUGUGGUAACAAUCUGAAGAAAGUCUCAUCUGCAGCAGAAUGGAAAUUGUCACCAGUGCAUCAAUCAUGAGAACUGAGGAAUAAGAUGCCAAGUUUAACAGCUUUAUGAGCAUAAAUAGGAACAGGAAUAACUAACUGUAACUAAACGUAAAGUAAAAAUAAAAAGGUUGCUGAGACCUUAAUUUCUUUGUAAACUAUGUCACCAGUGAUCUCUAACGUCAUAGUUAGGUAUUUGCCUUAUUGUUUCGUAUUCUCCCUCCGUUAUCCACCAGUUUCCAGCUAAAUUGCUGGGAAUUGACUUGUGAUCAUACAGCUGAUGAUAACUGUUCGCAAAAGAAAAAUAUUGCAGAUACUGGAAAUGUGAAAUUAAAAAACGAAAUGCUCAAAAUAAUCAGAUCAGGCAGCAUCCGUAAAUUGCAGUUAAUGAGAGUCAUCAUGACCUGAAUCAUUAAUUGUUCCUCUUUCCAGAUUGUAUUUUACCUGAUUUCUGUAUUGGCUUGAUUUGUCCUCUAUUUUAUUUCUUUUCCCUUAUUCCCCUGUUAAAGUGUUGCACAUCAGCUUUGGGAGGCUUACUAAUGGCUAAACAAUGGCGGGUGCUCAGGAGUGUGAACCUAUGCCCAUUACAGGGAAUGCAUUCAAAAUGGAUGUAAAGACAAUUAUACACUGGUGGGAAACUAACUAUAGGGUAAGAUUGUCAAGGGUUCUCCCCUUGUAAUUUUUGCAUCUGUUGUUCCCCAUUAACUUUCAAUUACAACACCCAAGCAGAAACAUUUAUUUUUAUGCAUGUGUCGGAAGCAAAUAAGACAAGGCAGACUGCUAAAUUUUAAUAAUCUGUUAGUGUCUCGAGGGAAAUCCAUUGCAGGGUUUAUAUAAAGUUUCCAGUGCAUCUGAAUUUGUUCCAGUGCUAUUAAUUGUGUGUCCAUAUAUGUGCUGAACUUGGCUAAUCCUCAUUUUUGCUUUACCCUGUAUAAACAUUUCUCAUGAGAACUGUCAUUUGAAAUGUAAGCUGUAGUCAACUCUUUGUUUAUUAAUAGUAUAUCAGGCAUCCAG